AUGGAACCCUUUACAAACUCGAGCAGAAUUCUUUUGAACAUAUCUGGGACUAAAUACGAAGUUACUCGAAAAUCCCUUCUUACUCAUCCUAGCUCACGUUUAGGAAAACUAGUAAGUGCAUCUCAAAGCACAAAGCAAGAAGAACUUCAUUUUAAUAGACCACCCAUGUGUUUUGAAUCAAUUCUAGUGUUUUAUCAGACCGGAAAAUUACACUUGCCUCCAAACGUUUGUCCAAAUGUUUUCAAAGAGGAAUUAGAGUACUGGGAAAUAGAUCAUGAACUUAUGGAACAAUGCUGUUUAAUGAAUUACAUGCAGUUUUUAGAAGGUUACAAAACUAAAACAGAGUUCAAGAACAGUAUUAUACAAAGCGACAAAGGUACUUCAAAACCAUGCAGUGGUAAAACUCGUAUCUGGAGGAUUAUUGAUUAUAAGGAAAGAACAUGGUUAGCAAAGGUAAGAAACGAAUGGAAAGAACAUGGUUAG